AUCGUCACUCGCACUCCCAUCCACUCAUCGAAUCCAUCAAUAAAGCAACGCAGGUUCUUGUAACAACACGCAAAGCAGAUUCCAAUCCAAGGCCGCGUCGCACAUGCAACGUAAGAAAGUUGCAAACUCCCAUCGUAUAGUCGCUUUUGCCCUUCGCCCCACGCGCUUUUGUUCCGAACGAAAAAGAGAAAAAGCAAACAGGAACAGCAAAACAGAAAAAACAACACGCAAUUCCAAUCGCUUGCUAUGCAAGGCUGCUGUGUAAAUGGUGCAUUGCCGCUUCGCUCGCUUCCCUUGCCAGAGAAGC